ACCUCGGGGGUUAUUUUACCCUCCGGCGAGGCGGCAGCGGAGGCCGCGCUGUGGGGGCGGCACUGGGCGAAGCGAACUGUCGCCGCCCGUCGUUGCACCUGGAAUAUCGUUUCCCCUUCCCCAGCUGCCCAUUUGCCAGCGAGGCUGUCAAUCAGGCGGGAGAGGUGGCACCUCGGUGCUACGGUGACAGAGGAAAUUGAGCCCUCCCUCUUCCGUUCCGAGUGGAUGGCUGAGCUGUCCUUUUAUUUUUCUAUCUCUCUUCCAUUGGGCAGUUCUGCUGUCGGUCCCUGCAACGGGCGGGAACCAACCCGCAGCACAGUAGGCAGGAGGGGAUCAAAAUCUCCCUUCUGAUUGGCUGACAUGCCAUCAAUCACAAAUCAUCAUCUCUGCUUGGGUCACGGGGCCGUCAUUCACAGGGGUGGGCGUGAAACAAGGUGGGCUCAACUUUCCGGCCCUACGAUUGGGCCGUUCUCCCGUCUGUCCGCCUUUCCCCGCCGCCGAUUAGUCGGAGAUGCCGUCACUCAGCACGUUCCUGUACCUGAAGUUCCUGGUGGUGUGGGCGCUGGUGCUGCUGGCAGAUUUUGUGCUGGAGUUCAGGUUUGAGUACCUGUGGCCCUUCUGGCUCUUCAUCAGGAGCGUUUACGAUUCCUUCCGAUACCAGGGCUUGGCCUUCUCAGUAUUUUUUGUGUGUGUAGCAUUCACCUCCAACAUCAUCUGUCUGCUCUUCAUCCCAAUCCAGUGGCUGUUCUUUGCUGCCAGCACCUAUGUGUGGGUACAGUAUGUGUGGCACACAGAAAGAGGUGUGUGCUUACCAACGGUAUCACUGUGGAUACUUUUCGUUUAUAUUGAAGCAGCCAUUAGAUUUAAAGAUUUAAAAAACUUCCACGUGGACCUUUGUCGUCCAUUUGCAGCACACUGCAUUGGCUACCCUGUUGUGACUUUGGGCUUUGGCUUUAAAAGUUACGUCAGCUACAAGAUGCGUUUGAGGAAGCAGAAAGAGGUGCAGAAGGAGAACGAGUUCUACAUGCAGCUCCUGCAGCAGGCGCUGCCCCCAGAGCAGCAGAUGCUGCAAAGGCAAGAGAGGGAGGCAGAGGAAGCAGCCAAAGGAUUAUCUGAUAUGGAUUCCUCAAUACUCCUGCAGCACAAUGGAGGCAUUCCAGCCAAUAAAAAAAUCUCUGCGACGUUGCCAGAGCUGGAAUAUCGAGAAAAAGGGAAAGAAAAGGACAAGGAUGCAAAGAAACACAACCUUGGAAUAAACAACAACAUUUUGCAACCUGUAGACUCUAAAAUACAAGAAAUUGAAUAUAUGGAAAACCAUAUCAAUAGUAAAAGAUUAAAUAAUGAUCUUGUAGGAAGUACAGAAAACCUCUUGAAAGAGGACUCAUGCACUGCCUCGUCCAAAAAUUACAAAAAUGUCAGUGGGGUUGUGAACUCCUCGCCCCGCAGCCACAGUGCAACCAACGGGAGCAUCCCCUCCUCAUCCUCUAAAAAUGAGAAAAAACAGAAAUGUGCCAGCAAGAGCCCGAGCACACAUAAGGACUUAAUGGAAAACUGUAUUCCUAAUAACCAGCUAAGCAAACCAGAUGCACUGGUAAGGUCUGCUGUGAGGCACAAAUACUCUGGUGCAAGGCAGGAGGAAAACGUGGAGAAAAUCGGCUCAUCUGGCCUUGACAGCUCUUCUGUGGAGCGACCUUUGCCUCUCCAGGACUUCAGUGGGGUUUCUUGCUGCCUGAACAGGUUGGAGCAGGACAUCAAGAAGCUGAAGGCCGACCUGCAGGCCAGCAGGCAGGUGGAGCAGGAGCUGCGCAGCCAGGUGAGCUCGCUGAGCUCGGCCGAGCGCGGCAGCCGCGCUGAGAUGGGCCAGCUGCGCCAGGAGAACGAGCUGCUGCAGAACAAAUUGCACAACGCUGUACAGAUGAAACAAAAAGACAAACAAAUGAUCAGCCAGCUGGAGAAGAAGCUCAAGGCGGAGCAGGAGGCACGGACCUUUGUAGAAAAGCAGUUAAUGGAAGAAAAGAAAAGGAAGAAGUUGGAAGAGGCAACUGCAGCACGAGCCGUGGCCUUUGCUGCUGCUACCAGGGGGGAGUGCACCGAAACCUUGCGGAAUCGCAUCCGGGAGCUGGAGACAGAGUGCAAGAAGUUAACAAUCGACAUCAAACUGAAAGAGGAUCAGAUCAGAGAGCUGGAAAUGAAAGUUCAGGAGCUGAGGAAGUACAAGGAGAACGAGAAGGACACGGAGGUGUUGAUGUCGGCGCUCUCGGCCAUGCAGGACAAGACCCAGCACCUGGAGAACAGCCUGAGUGCAGAGACCAGGAUCAAGCUGGACCUGUUCUCUGCCCUGGGAGAUGCAAAAAGGCAGCUUGAGAUUGCCCAAGGGCAGAUCCUGCAGAAGGAUCAGGAGAUCAAGGACCUCAAACAGAAGAUCGCAGAGGUGAUGGCAGUGAUGCCCAGCAUCACCUACACCGCAGCCACCAGCACCCUGAGCCCCGUGUCCCCACAUUAUUCUUCCAAAUUCGUGGAGCCCAGCCCCUCUGGACUCGACCCCAACGCCUCUGUCUAUCAGCCCCUGAAGAAGUGAAAGGAUGCCAAGGUUCUCUCUGCCCUCGGGGUCUCUUGCAGUCCAGAUGAAAUUGUUUCCUGUGGGACUGUGUUUGUUGUCGUUUCCAGCAGGAGAAAAGAGCGUUGACUAGAACUGCCCGUCGGUUUUUCUUGUAAAUUUUUAGAAAACCUCACAGAACUUUGCGAUUUAUUUUCCUUGGCCAACGCAUUAAAAACGAUUCUUGGUUUUCAAGUAGCCAAUUUUGCCUUUUUAUGUACUCUUGCAUGGUUUCCUCUUGAAAAAGAAAAAAAAACAAACAAAAAACAACACAGGGCUUUGCUUGGUUUUCAACCCUUUCUCCUCAGUUUUUUUUAUUUAACGAUCAAAUUGGAUUCGCAGAUUCAUCCAGGGAGGAAAACCCUUCAGUUUUCCCAGUGAAAGGGUUAAACAACCCAACAAAGCUUUGAUUUAUCGAUGUAUUAAAUACAAACACGUGGAUGUUGCAGAAGAUAAUUUGAUUUUUUCCCCCCCUCAAAGGACCAAACAAAUUCCAGGGGCGUUGUUGAAGGGAAGGAAUAAAGAAUAGCUGAUGAUGUGACGGUGGUUGUCGUGUGAAGUAUUUAUAUCCCCAUUGGUGGUUUUUUUUUUAGUCAUUGAGAAUUGCUAAUCAGUCUCGUUCACAGUGCCUUGGGAAAAGACAUUUCAAGAGGAAACUUGAUGGUUUAAACUCAUUUUCCCCCCCCUUCACUGUCAUCCAGCUUCUGUAUCAAAGCUCGUUGGGGGCCUGCUCAAGCUGCUCGUGGUGGUUUGGUGUUGAGCAGGAGCCAGGCUCCAGGCUCUGUUUCUUUUGGUCCAAACUCAGCAGUCGUUGUGCCCUUGGUGGUUCUGCCCUGGGAGGCUCCGGGUCCCUCCGGGGGAGUGGAGGUGGAGCUGUGCAAUGUUCUGUACACGAGAGACUGUAAAGCUGCCCAAUAAAAGCCGCAGUUCUGGGGGUUUUUUAUUUCA